AUGGGGAAGUCAGACCUCUGCUCCCUCGGGCAGCUUCUCACCUGGAAGCCAGAUCUGUAUCCGUUGAAAUGUUCUCCUCGAAGGCAAUUCAAGCCGAGCGAGAAGAAUUCUGGGUUUAAAGACGUCCACGAAAACCUUCCCACUCCUGUCAUCACAGAGAAGCAAUACACAGGUGAUGCGCCCUUCGGCAAGAGCUCGGGCAGGAAUGAGGUCAUGGGUCAAGGGUCACCUCAAAUCAAUCAAGCAGUUUCACUGAAAGGUUUGAAUUUGCUGGACCUCAAGAUGAAGCGCGUCACGUGUGGGCAUGAUGCCUUGGGCAUAAGAGUUUUUCGAAAUCUUUCGUUCGGUCUCCCUCCCGAUUCUAAAAGGGGAACUUCUUCUUCUUCUUCUUCUCCUCCUCCUCCUCCUCCUCCUCCUCCUCCUCCUCCUCCUCCUCCUCCCCCUUCUUCCUCCUCCUAA